CGAGGUGGUCAUGUCACGUGCAGCAGACGAGCGGUCCUUGGCGACAUUAUACUCUCCAGCCCUCGGCAAUUUACUUGGUUGGUGCUCUGUCGCCACACAGUCACCCUGAUCACUCAACACGAGGUGUAUUCUGGGGGCUCGAAGCAAUUCGAAACUCAUGCUGGACAUAUCGAUAAUGGGCGGGGUGCUAGUCUCACCGCUCGUUGAGUUGGGGGUGCUCGCACUUCACCUCAUCCUGCCAGCCCGUGAGAUCGACGGAUAUGUCCGCGACAACAAGGGGAAGCCCCUCCGAUACCGUCUGAAUGGUAUACCGGUCAUGAUUAUAUCGGUUCUAGCCUGGGCUGGCCUUUGCUGGACUGGCGUCCUGCCAUGGGGGUACUUCUAUGAGCACAGCGGAACCACCUGCGCGUGUGCCCUCAUCAUCGGCCUGGCAUUCAGCGCCUGGAUCGUCGCCAAGGGCCCCAGACAAUCUCCCAGCCUUCUCAGCGACUUUUUCCUGGGCACGAUCGACAAUCCACGCACUGUCGUUGCCGGUCGCAUCCUUGAUGCAAAAAUGUACCUCUACCUCGUCGGCGCGGUGCAUCUGGAGCUCAACCUGCUCAGUUGCGCCGUCGCCCACUUGCAGUCGUUGCGGGACCCCAACCCAGGUAUCGCCCUGUCGGCAGCGCUGCUGACCUGGUUCGCUGCAGAGUACCUGUGGUGGGAGAACGUCCACCUCUACACGUACGACUUCUUCGCCGAAAGGUUGGGCGUCAAACUCGGCUUUGGAUGUCUUUGUUUCUAUCCAUUCUUCUACCCAAUCCCGGUUCUGGCCGCGGCUCGCCUGCCCAACCCACACCGGAGCACCGCCUAUCACCUCCUCGCCGCCGCUGUCUAUUUCUCCGGCUGGGCUCUCAGCCGAGGACCAAACUUGCAAAAGUUCUGGUUCAAGCGCCAUGUUCCUCCCCCAGCUGCCCUGGCUCGGCUCGGCCUGUCCCCCGUCAAGACGAUCCGGUCUGCUGACGGGAAACACGAGCUGCUCUGUGGGGGUUUCUGGGGCGUUUCACGCCAUAUUAACUACCUGGGCGAGACGCUCGAGGCAGUCGGAAUCGUUCUUGCCCUUGGUCAUCCCAGGGUUGCUCUGCUUCCGUGGGUCUAUCCUCUUUAUUAUGUGCUACUGUUCAUCACUCGCGAGCGGGAUGACGAUAAACGCUGUCGGGAGAAGUAUGGCGCUUUGUGGGACGAAUAUUGUCGACAAGUGCCAUAUAGGAUCAUCCCCUACGUUUACUAAACACGUCAAAAGCUUGCAGGUGGAGCAUAGACACCUUGAGUGAACGUUUGGCUAAGGUGCCUAGGACCGAUUACUCUAUAAAAGCCUGGGAUUUCGAGGAGGCCAUUGAUAGACAGCGUUGAGCAACAUUCAAUACAAGUUAUAUAACUGG